AACGAUCCUGAUGCACAUGACAAAUUUUUAAAAAUAAAUCGGGCGUAUGAAGUUUUAAAAGAUGAAGAUCUUCGAAAGAAAUAUGAUAAAUAUGGGGAAAAAGGUUUGGAAGAUCAACAGCAGCAAGGAGGUCGCUAUGAGAGCUGGCACUUUUACCGAUAUGACUUUGGUAUUUAUGAUGAUGACCCUGAAGUCAUCACCUUGGAUAGAGGAGAAUUUGAUGGGGCCAUAAACUCUGGAGAACUGUGGUUUGUUAAUUUCUAUUCGCCCCGCUGCUCCCAUUGCCAUGAUCUUGCUCCUACAUGGAGAGAGUUUGCCAAAGAGAUGGAUGGUCUUAUUCGCGUUGGAGCAGUAAAUUGUGGAGAUGACCGCAUGCUCUGCAGAAGCCGAGGAAUUAAUAGUUAUCCAAGCCUCUACAUUUUUAAAGCUGGAAUGGAUCCAGUCAAGUACUUUGGUGAUCGAGUAACAAAUAAUUUGAUAAAUUUUGCAAUGAAUUAUGUGUCAAGUUCUGUAACAGAGUUAUGGGCAGGAAAUUUCAGAAGCUCGGUUGAAAGCUCGUUUGCCUCAGGUGUUGGUUGGCUCAUUACAUUCUGUACUGACAGCGGAGAUUGCCUAUCUUCACAAACACGUCUUAGACUUGCAGGAAUGCUUGAUGGGCUGGUCAGCGUGGGAUGGAUGGAUUGUUCUGUUCAAGCUGAUCUCUGUGAAAAUUUAGAAAUUUUGUCUAGCACUACAGCUUAUUUCCCUCCUGGAGUCACUCUAACAAGCAAAAAUAAAGAUGCUUUGGUAUUUUUUAGUUCAUUAGAUGCAAGAGAAAUCUACGAAGAGGUGAUAGAACACGUUCCUGACCUUGAAAUGCUUUCUCAAGAUUCUUUCAAGGACAGGUUAACCUAUCACCGCUGGCUUGUGUUAUUUAGCUAUGGAAUAGAUGAACAAUUCUACCAGCCUGAAUUUAAGAAGCUGCCUGUUUUACUGCAUGGUGAUGAUAUUCAGGUGGGACGAUUUGACUGCCAGUCCAGCCCAUCGACCUGCAAGUCUUUAUAUAUUAAAAAACCUUCUGUAGUAGCAUUUAAAGGGAAAGGCAUCGAUUACUAUGAAAUCCACCAUGGUAAGGUAAACAUUUAUGAUCUAAUUUCUUUCACGAAGGAGAGCGUAAAUUCUCAUGUCGUUACUCUUGGACCUGAGAACUUUCCUGAGAAUGACAGACAGCCAUGGCUGGUGGACUUCUUUGCACCUUGGUGUCCUCCUUGCAGAGCUUUACUGCCAGAAUUAAGAAAAGCCUCCAAAAGAGUGUUUUCCCAUGUCCGGUUUGGGACACUGGACUGUACAAUCCAUGAAGGCUGUGCAAUAUGGCAUAACAUUAGAGCUUAUCCUACCACUGUCAUUUUUAACCAAUCCAAUAUUCAUGAGUAUGGGGGACAUCAUAGUGCUGAGGAGAUCUUGGAAUUCAUUGAGGAUCUCCGUCAUCCUUCUGUAGUUACACUCACAGCAGACAAUUUUAAAGAACUGGUAAAAGAACGAAGUAGAGAUGAAAUCUGGUUGGUGGAUUAUUAUGCUCCUUGGUGUGGACCAUGUCAAGCAUUGAUGCCUGAAUGGAAACGUAUGGCAAGGCAUCUAAGUGGAUUGAUAAAUGUUGGAAGUGUUGACUGUCAGAAAUACAACUCUCUCUGCAGCAAGGAAUAUGUCAACUCUUACCCUGAGAUCAGGCUUUAUCCAGCAAAUCGGGACAAUCCUAAUUAUUAUCUUACGUACAGUAGCUGGCAGAGAGAUGCAUAUUCCCUGAAGACCUGGGCAGUUUCAUAUCUGCCUAAAUUGACUGCUCACCUUACACCUGAAACCUUUGAGAAGGUGUUGAGUGGAAAAGAUCACUGGCUUAUAGAUUUCUAUGCUCCAUGGUGUGGCCCAUGUAGAAGUUUUGCUCCAGAAUUUGACUUUGUGGCUACGCUUCUUAAAGGGAAGGUAAAGGCUGGAAAAGUGGACUGUCAAGAGUUUGGACAUAUCUGUGACAUGGCUGGCAUCAGAGCCUAUCCUACUGUGAAAUUCUAUCCUUCUGUGGGGUCCAAAAGGGUAAUGUUUACAUCUACGACACACAUUAAAACACGUUAUUUAAAGGAGUUUAUUUGCGAAGAUUAA